GGCAGUAAUAUCAGUAAAAGCGUAGAUGCAGACAUAUUUUGUAGAAGAAGAAGAUUGUCAGCGUGACUUCAGGAAAAGCAAUGUUACGGACAGAUAGUUUAUUAACUUUUGUGAAUUUUAAAAAAACUACACAUUGUUUGAAGCAGCGGUUUUAUUACUGAAGUCUGUGUGUUGUUUACUUUUUUUUACCAAAUCGCUGGAGGUUGAAUUAAAGUCGUUAUUUUGCCGGUUUUCUCCUCGGGUUAGCUGUGCUAGUUAGCAUCGUUGCUAACUGUUGUGGCAGCCAGGUGACGUCAGGGAGGGUCCACGCGCACCGGCAGUUGACCGUUUUAACGUUACCGGCGCGGCUGACUGUUAAUUUUGUAGUUUAUUGUCGGUGUAGUUCAGUCGUGCUGUCCUCCUCCUGUCCUCGGGGACUUCAUGUUGAACCACCUCGCCGCUGCUCUCGCUCUGCUCCCCCGCCGCCUGCUCCCCUCCUCAGCCCGGACUGUGAUCAGAGGCUGCCGUGUCCUCGGCAGGAUGGAGCCGGCCGUGGUGCGGUGUCUCCCCGGGGAGUCCAAACUCACCAUCUCCUUCUGUCUGGACGGCAGCAACAAGCACAUGCUGCGGGACCAGGACGAGGCGCUGGGGAAAGUCCUGGCCCGGAUCUCUAACAGCAUCACAAAGAGCCAGGGGAAGGCGAAGAAGUCGAAGAAGAAACAGGGACAGCAGCCGUGCGGAGCCCCGGAGCCCGCCGUGGCGAGGCUGUUCUACGCCGGGGAGGAGGUGCCGGACACGGUGCUGAAUUCGGAAGCGUGGCGGGACGGAUCCGUGCUGCAGGUGGGAGACGUUAAAUACUCUGUGUUUAGAAAUGCUCCCACCUUCACCUCCGCUGAGCUCCCAGUGUCCCUGCUGGCCGGGUUCCCAGUCUGCCCCAAUCUGGAGAUAGAGUUUGGAAACCUCCAAGACUGCGAGUUUACGUGGUUUAAAGAAACCGCCCCAAACACAAGCCCUGAAGCUGCUGAAGAAGUUCCAGGUCAGGACGUCAGUUGGACAGAGGUAGGACGUGGCAGAGUCCACGUCCCGUCCAAUCAGGACAUCGGCUGCAGGCUCAAACUGCGCUGCACUCCAAAGGAUGGAGGACGCAGCGGUCAGGCCAAGGAGCUCGUCUCUGUGGGAGCCGUGGAGGCCGGACCCGGCGUGUGCACGUUUGACAACCGACAUGCGUACACGGUCAAAGAGGCGGAGUGGCCGACUAUGAGGGUGGUGUCAUACAACAUCCUCGCCGAUGUUUACGCCCAGACAGAACUGUCCAAGACGGUGCUUUACCCGUACUGCGCCCCCUACGCCCUGCAGCUGGACUACAGGCAGAACCUGAUCAAGAAGGAGCUGGCCGGAUACAACGCUGAUAUCAUCUGUCUGCAGGAGGUCGAUAAAGGUGUGUUUGUGGACAGUCUGACUCCAGCUCUGGAUGCCUUUGGUCUGGACGGCGUUUUCAGGAUCAAAGAGAAGCAGCAUGAGGGACUGGCCACUUUCUACCGCAGGUCAAAGUUUCAGCUGCUGAGCACUCAUGACAUCGUGCUGAGUGAGGCGUUGACCUCUGACCCCAUCCAUUCUUCACUGCUGGAGAGGGUCUCUACUAACGGCGCUCUGAAGGAGAAGAUACUGCAGAGGUCCACCGCUCUGCAGGUCAGUGUGCUGGAGGACGUGAAUAAACCAGGCAGGAAGGUCUGUGUGGCUAACACUCACCUGUACUGGCACCCGAAAGGAGGCCAUGUUCGCUUGGUCCAGAUGGGCGUGGCUCUGCAGCACCUGAGUCAUGUGAUCAGCGAGGUCGCACCUGGAGCCCCUCUGGUCUUUUGUGGUGACUUCAACUCCACCCCUAACUCAGGUGUGUUCCAGCUGCUCAGUGAGGUGCUGGUUCCUCCGCAGCAUGCAGACUGGAGCAGCUCGGGGCCGGAGGAGUCCUGCGGUAUGGAGCUGCUCUCUGGCUUCCCCCCGCUGCUGAGCGCCUACGGCCAGCCGGCUUACACAAACUACGUGGGAGGAUUUCACGGCUGCCUGGACUACAUCUUCAUUCAGCCGGACAGCAUGCAGGUGGAGCAGGUGAUUCCUCUGCCCAGCCACCAGGAGGUCACCACCUACGAGGCUCUGCCCAGCGUGGCUCACCCCUCCGACCACAUCGCCCUGAUCUCUGACCUGCGCUGGAACCCCUGACCUCUGACCUCUGACCUCUGACCUCAAACCGCCCGGACAGAUGAUCAUGAAGAACCGGGCCGUCAGUUUCUCCUCAAACACAUCAUGACUUUGGAUUUUUCGGUACUUGAACAAAGUCUGAAAGGUGUUCCUGCAGGUUUGUUUGAGAUUAGUGAAAGAUGAGAGAAACACGGACGCGCUGAGAAAAAAUCUCACACCAGAGAACUGUCUGAAAUCACGAUAUGAAAUUAAAUGUUUUUAUUGAAUUCAUAUUGUAUUAUUUAAAGUACAAUAAUUCAUUUUAAUCACUGAUAUUCAGUGUUCGGGUUUUCACUGGGUAGAGAUAAAUUGCAAAUUAAUUUUAAAUUUAAAAGUCAUCAAUUAUUUGGUACAAAAAACAGAAACGAAGUUACACCUCUGCGUCAUAUUAGGUUGAUAAUAUAUAUUUCUAAUAUGAGCUUAUUUUAGUGACAGCAUAAAUUCCUUUCUUGCCCCCAAAACAACUGUUACUUAUACUUAUUGGCCUCAAAGACGUGGUUGAUAAAAAUAUUUGAAUAAAGAUAUUUUUUAUUCCUUUUUUAUUUUAAUACAUUUAUUUUAGCCAAACAAGAUGGUCAGAGUUUCUUUGGGGUUUUUUAAAUUAAAGUUUCAGUCUCCAUCAUUAAAGUUCAUGCAUGAAUCAGAUAUUUAGCUUAUUUUUUUGUUUUUUGUCGAUUUAUUCUCUCAUGGGACAAAAUAUUCACUUGGGACACUUAAAAUCGUAUGAAAACUGAUUCCCCUCAUGAAGAAUAAAAUAGUUGUAAGUUUA